AUGGCUGACGCAGCGGUUGAGUCGCUUUCGUCGCGGCUGGGUGGCAUCCUUGCCGAUGCAUUUAACGAGGACGAGGACGAGGACGAGCUCCCCGGCGGCCCCGUCCCCAUGAAGAAGACGGACGGAAAAGAGGCGCCGAAAGACGCCCCCCAAGACGAGCCGCCCAAGGCCGAGCCGCCCAAGGCCGAGCCGCAGGAGGCGCCGAAAAGCGAGCCGAGCACCUCUGCGCUCACCGAGUCGCAGUACGAUGUGCAGGUGACGCUCGCCGACCAGCAGGCGGACCCCAACUCGCCGCUGUACUCGGUCAAGUCCUUUGACGAUCUCGGCCUGCAUGCCGACCUGCUCAAAGGCAUCUACUCGAUGAAGUUUACCAAGCCGUCCAAGAUCCAGGAGCGUGCGCUCCCCCUUCUUCUGCAGAACCCCCCCCGCAACAUGAUCGGCCAGUCGCAGUCCGGCACCGGCAAGACGGCGGCGUUUGUGCUGACCAUGCUCUCCCGCAUCGACUACUCGGUGGAGAAGCCGCAGGCGAUUGCGCUUGCGCCCUCGCGCGAGCUUGCGCGCCAGAUUAUGGACGUGGUACAGGCCAUGGGCAAGUUUACCCCCGUCAAGACCGCCUACGCGAUCCCUGACGCGAUCAAGCGCGGCGAAAAAGUGGCCGCGCACCUGAUUGUCGGCACGCCCGGCAAGACGUUUGACCUGAUCAAGACGCGCGCGCUCGACCCGUCGGCUGUCAAGGUGUUUGUCCUGGACGAGGCCGACAACAUGCUCGACCAGCAGGGACUGGGCGAGCAGAGCAUCCGCGUCAAGAACACCAUGCCCAAGACCUGCCAGCUGGUGCUCUUUUCCGCGACGUUCCCCGAAAACGUGCACAACUUUGCGGUCAAGUUUGCGCCGAGCGCGAACGAGAUCCGCCUGAAGCAGGAGGAGCUGAGUGUGGAGAGCAUCAAGCAGUUCUACAUGGACUGCCAUACCGAGGAGCACAAGUACGAGGUGCUGGUCGAGCUGUACAACCUCCUGACCAUCGGCCAGAGCAUCAUCUUCUGCGCCAAGCGCGAGACGGCCGACCGGAUAGCGAAGCGCAUGACCGCCGAAGGGCACCGCGUCGACUCGCUGCAUGGCAAGCUCGACAAUGCCGCGCGCGACACGACGAUCGACAACUUCCGCUCCGGCCGCAGCAAGGUGCUGAUUGCUACGAACGUCAUUGCGCGUGGUAUCGACAUCCAGCAGGUCACGCUGGUGAUCAACUACGACAUGCCGCUCACGCAGACCGGCCAGCCGGACUCGGAGACCUAUCUGCAUCGCAUUGGUCGCACGGGCCGCUUCGGCCGCAAGGGCGUGUCGAUUAACUUUGUCCACGACGCCAAGUCCAAGCGCGAGAUGGAGGCGAUCGAGCAGGCCCUGCACUGCAAGGUCGUCCCUGUGCAGACGGACGACGUGGAAGCCAUGGAGGCCACCAUCAAGGACGCUUUGAAGGCGAGCGCGUAG